CCAUCUAAUUUAUUUCAUAUUAGUUAUUUUAACUUUCAUUAAUUUUAAACUAUUACUAAUCAAUAGGUUUUCAUGAAACUAAAUGAUUAUACAAAUAAUAUACAAUGUAUCAGUCAAUAGAUUUUAAAGAGUAUGAAUUAUCGAAUAAAAGUGAAGAAAUUGUGCCAAUUGAAUCUUUGAAUUAUCUAUCAACAAAUUAUGAGAGUUUAGAUUAUGAAGUCAUUGAAAAUGAAUUAUACCGUAAAGAAGAACAGAAAAAAGGUUAUAGAUAUGUUGUACAAAAAGAUUUUUCUAGAUGGAUGACAUUUUUUUGGAUUGGGGUAAUAGUUGCCUUUAUUGGAAUAAUCAUUUUUAUUUCCAUUGAAAUUGGAACAAAUUUUAAGUUCAACAUGAUCAAAAAAUAUUUUGACAAUUGUACUAAAAAGGAUUGUAUGGUUAAACCUUAUUUAGUGGCUCUUAUACUAAACUUAAUCCCAUCAUUCAUUGGGUCAUGUCUUAUAGUUUAUGUUGAACCGAUGGCUAAAGGUUCUGGUAUCCCGGCUGUGAAAUGUUUUUUAAAUGGGAUCAAAGUACCUAAAUUGAUUAGACUAAAGACAUUGAUUGUCAAAGUAAUAGGUGUUAUUACUGUUGCACUUGGUGGCCUGUGGGGUGGUAAAGAAGGACCUAUGAUUCAUGCAGGAGCUAUAGUAGCUGCAGGGAUUUCUCAAGGAAAAAGUACAACUUUCAAUAAAGAUUUGGGUGCAUUGAAUUUUUUUAGAGAAGAUCAUGAAAAAAGAGAUUUUGUAUCUGGAGGUGCUGCAGCAGGUAUAGCUGCCGCUUUUGGUGCUCCAGUAGGUGGUUUGUUAUUCAGUUUAGAAGAGGGUGCUAGUUUCUGGAAUCAAGCACUUACAUGGCGAAUAUUUUUUGGUUCUAUGAUUUCAAUGUUCACAUUACACUCUGUUUUAAGUGCUUAUCAUGGGCAUCCAGGUGACCUUACAUACAAAGGUUUGUUAAAUUUUGGAAAAUUUGAUGAUUUAUCAUAUCAUAUAUUUGACAUUCCAAUAUUUGUACUUAUGGGUAUAGUCGGUGGUUUAACGGGAGCAUUGUUUUGUCAUUUAAAUAUCCAAUUAUUUAAAUUCAGGAAAAGAUAUGUUAAUAAGGACUGGAAAAAAGUUUUAGAAGUCUUAAUUGUGUGUUCGACUACAGUGACAAUCAGUUUUUUACUCAUUCUGUUUACUAGUGAUUGCAAAAAAUUAGGACUUGAUCCAAUAAAUCACCCUAUUCAGUUUGGAUGCAAUGAUGGUGAGUUUAACGCUAUGGCUGUUUUAUGGUUUCAGCUUUUAGAAGGAACAGUACAAUCAUUGUUUCAUGAUACUCCUGAUGUUUUUAAUACAACUACAAUAGUUUAUUUUGGUAUAUUUGCUUAUUUCAUAACUUUGUGGACAUACGGAGUGCAUUUUAGUGGCGGUGUGUUAAUACCUGGACUGUGUACUGGAGCAGCAUGGGGACGACUUGUUGGACAAACAAUAUUUCAUUUUUUUCCAAAUACAAAUAUAGGUAUAUAUUCAUUAAUUGGUGCUGCAUCACAAUUGGGUGGAAUUACAAGAAUGACAAUUAGUUUGACAAUUAUUCUAGUAGAAGCUACUGGAAGCAUAACAUUUGGCUUACCACUAAUGAUUUGUUUAAUGACAGCCAAGUGGGUUGGUGAUUUUUUUUCAGAAAGCAUAUAUGACACACAAAUUGAUUUAAGUGGUAUGCCAUUAUUAGCUUGGGACCCACCACCAUUAUCAUCUAGUAUUUAUGCCAAUAAUUUAAUGACUCAUCCAGUUAUUACAUUUAAAACUAAAGAAUCAGUUGAAAACAUUGUAAAAACAUUAAAAAAAUAUUCCCACAAUGGUUUUCCAGUAGUUGAAUACGUGCAGAAUAAUGAAUUAGAUGAAGGAAAAACUUUAUGUUAUCUGCGUGGUUUAAUAUUACGAUCACAACUAAUUGUACUUUUGGAUAACAAAGUAUUCGAUGGACCACUGACUAAUUAUUGGGACUCAGUUACUAUGGAAACUUUUAGAGAAGACUAUCCUAGAUAUUCAAGUAUUGAGGAUAUUCAACUACUGCAAAAUGACCUUAAACUAAUUAUAGAUUUAUCGCGAUUCAUGAAUCCAUCUCCAUACAUCGUUCAACAUACAAUGUCAUUGCCACGUAUUUUUAAAUUAUUCAGAGCUAUGGGACUUCGGCAUAUAGUUGUUGUGAAUGAUUCAAAUGAAGUUGCGGGGAUUGUGACACGUAAAGAUUUAGCUCGGUAUAAAGUAAUUAGACAUAUGGGUAAAAUCAGUGUAACGGAACUAAAGUUUUCAAACAAAAUGGAAUAAGUAAAAAAUUAUGUUAAAAAAAUGAUCAAUUAUUGUACUGUUUGUAAAAAAAC